CAAUCAGUCCGAUACGGUGCAUCACUCCACAACCCCUAGCGGGCGCCUUGUUGACACUUGUGGACAAAUGUUCGGCGUUCUCCGCGACAUCAAUAUUGCACUGCUGGCGUCAAAACAACUUCAGUCUCCCUUUCAAUCCCAACUUUAAGAAGUUCUUGUUUCGCAACCACAGCACUUAUCCACUGGUUGGCCUUCUGUGCGCGACGAACACUAUGGGGCGCUGGACGCAGUACGACGAAGAUGACUACAGGCUCCCAGAAGGUGUGAAACGAGUUGGUUACGACGCCGACAGCGGGCGGUAUUAUUUUCACGACCGUGAAGGCUUGUUGUACAAAGGGCCAGAAGGCUCCGAAUUUGGAGAGCUCACGCUGGUGUCUGAAAUUCCUCCUUCCAUCCCUCAAGAGGUAGACGAAGACAGCGACUUGGAAGCUGCUCCUACCCGCACUGACGGUUACCAUAUUUUGGCCUUGGAUGAGCACGGUACGCGGUACAAUCUGCGAGGAGGAGCUUAUCGGACACUUUUCCCAUUCUUUCUCAUUAUCGCCGUAGUCUUAUUACUGGUGUGGCGUCUCGUCCUGUUGCCUACACGCGUCGCCCCCAUUCCAUGCCCUUCAACAACACUCUCCUACAUCGUGCAACCUGGGGACACUUGUUGGGAUAUCGCCACCAGCCACAAUUCUUCUUUAGACAAACUCCGCAUUGUCAACCCCAAAGUAGACUGCGACAAACUCAUGCCUGGUGACCGCGUUUGCGUCCCAGACGAAGGGAUGUCCAUUAGUGCCCGCUUUGUCCGCUUCUAAGGGUUUUCAAUUUCAAAAUGUCUUUCUCGCCGCAUAGUCUCAUUUGUACAUUACUGCUCAUCUCAUAUGGACAAUGUUUGGAUAUCACACGUUUGCCUUGUUACCUUGUCAGAAAUACACAAUAGCAGUUGCGAAGAC